AUGGUUAAGGCAGUUAUCUUCACCGAUUUCGACGGCACCGUUACGUGGCAAGACUCCAACGAUUUCCUUACCGACAUAAAGGGAUUCGGCAAAGAGGAGAGAACCAAGGUGUUCGAGGGUGUUCUGGACGGCACCAAGUCUUUCAGAGACGGUUUCUGGGCCAUGUUGGAGUCUGUCAAGACCCCCUUCCCCGAGUGUGUCAAACUUAUAGAGCAGAACAUCGACUUGGACCCUGGCUUCAAGGACACUUUCGAAUGGGCUCAGGAGAACGACGUGCCCAUUGUGGUCAUUUCCAGUGGUAUGCGUCCGCUGAUCAAGGCACUAUUGACCCGUUUGGUCGGUCCUGAGGCCAUCGAGAAGAUCGACAUUGUCUCUAACGAGGUCGAGAUCGACGACGACGAACAGUGGAGAAUCGUUUACAAGGACGACUCGCCAUUUGGCCACGACAAGUCCAAGAGCAUCACAGAGUACAAGAAGAAGUUCGAGGCCUCUGGCGAAAAGCCCACCUACUUCUACUGUGGCGACGGUGUUUCUGACUUGAGUGCGGCCAAGGAGUGCGACUUGUUGUUUGCCAAGAGAGGCAAGGAUCUAGUCACCUAUUGCAAACGUCAAAACGUGCCAUUCCAUGAGUUCGACACUUUCGAGGACAUCUUAGCCAGCAUGAAGGACGUAAUGGCCAGCAAGAAGACCGUUGAUGAGUUGAUGCAGAAUUGA